AUGGCGGAGUCAGAAUGGUCCCCUAGCUCCUGGGCCUCGAAGCCCAUUAAGCAGGAUGUCGUUUAUGACGAUGCGGCGGGCGUACAAGCCGCACUGGCGAAGCUGCAGAAGCUCCCGCCGUUGGUUACGACUCAGGAGGUGGAUGAUUUGAAGAAGAGCUUGAAAAAUGUUGCGCUAGGAAAGGCCUUUGUGCUUCAGGGUGGCGACUGCGCGGAGCUGUUCGAUUACUGCAAUAUGGAUAUGAUUGAAGCCAAGGUGAAGCUGCUUCUUCAGAUGAGCUUGGUCUUGAUUUGGGGAGCAAACAAGCCUGUCGUCCGUAUCGCUCGAAUUGCGGGUCAAUUCGCCAAACCUCGUUCAAGCCCAAUGGAAACCAUCGACGGCGUCGAAAUGCCCUCCUUCCGCGGCGACAACAUCAACGGCUUCGACGCCACCCCCGAGUCCCGCAAACCAGACCCCUCCCGGCUGGUCUCAGCCUACUUCCACUCCGCCGCGACACUCAACUACAUGCGCGCCUCUCUCUCCUCAGGUCUUGCCGACCUGCACUCCCCUCUCGACUGGGGUCUCGGGCACGUCAUCACCCCCUCCAUCCGGGAGAAAUACACCCGGAUCGUCAAUCGCGUCAAAGACGCCCUGCGAUUCAUGCAAACCGUAGGCAUCGACACUGACCGCGGCGUCGAGACUGUCGAUAUCUACACAAGCCAUGAGGGACUCCUCCUCGAAUACGAACAAAGCCUCCUCCGACACCUCAAGAACCCCGACUCUCCCAGCACCACCCAUUCCUACUACGCCACCUCCUCGCACUUCCUCUGGAUCGGCGACCGCACACGCCAACUCAACGGCGCACACGUCGAAUUCUUCCGAGGCAUCGCCAACCCCAUCGGCAUCAAAAUUGGCCCCAGUAUGACGCCCGCCGAAUUAACCUCCCUCCUGGACAUUGUCAACCCAGCCCGCGAAAUCGGCAAGGUGACCCUCAUAUCGCGCUACGGCGCAGCCAAGAUCUCACAGUACCUCCCCGCUCAUAUCGCCGCCGUACAAGCCUCGGGACAUAUUCCCGUUUGGCAAUGCGACCCCAUGCACGGCAACACGCAGGCGACGCCGUCAGGAGUGAAGACGCGGCAUUUCAGUGAUAUCUUGUCCGAGCUGAAGCAGGCGCUGGAGAUACAUCGUGCGGCGGGGUCGUUCUUGGGUGGAAUGCAUUUGGAGUUGACGGGCGAGGCGGUGACGGAGUGUGUGGGUGGUGCUGGAGGGUUGACAGAGGAGGGCCUGAGUGAGCGGUAUACGACGUUCUGUGAUCCCAGGUUGAAUGAGAAGCAGGCGUUGGAGUUGGCGUUUUUGGUGGCGGGAUUUUAUAGGGAGUUGGAUGAGGAGUUGGCGGAGGAUGAAUCUAUAUAA